AUGUCCCCAUAUACUGCGAUCGUAAGGCGUAGUGGAAAUCCUUUUGAACUGGCCCAUGUACUUGUAUCAUGGCUAGUUGGUGCCGGUUAUGAUGCAUAUGUGGUAGUUGGUUGCGCUAAGAGAGAUCUCUGCUUGGCUGUGCGCUACCGCUCUGAAUGCCCAGAAAUACCUGAUGAAAACGAGGUUAUUGAGGAACCUCCGCCGCCUGAAGAAGAGCCACGGUACCGCCUGGUGCCGUUACCAGAUACGACUUCCAAAUAUUGUCAAGAGAUGGACAGAAAGGACGCGGCUAAGCGGCAGGCUGAGUUGGACAAAAUUGAGGAUGCACGAUUAAAGAAGAUUGCGGAUUUGGAAAAACCACCAGAUGACCCCAUCGACGGCUGGCGUACUCAUGCUUGGGUGCUUCUUCUCCCGGGUUUCAAAGGAAUUGAAGAACCGUUUUUCAUAGAGCCCAGCGAAGGCAAACAUCAUCCCGUGAACGCACCACAGUAUCAGAAGCUUGACAGUGUUUACAAUCAUGAGAAUUAUUACGUAAAUCUCCAGAAGUGCGAUGAAGGUCUCGGUUCACUGAACUACGAUUUGGCUGACAUAACUUGCUGGGAGCAUCUUCUCGCUGGAGAGCCUUACUUUCGUCGACAAUUUGUUGGAGUGGAUCUAGCAGAGAAAAAGAGUGCCUUUGACACCGAGAAGCAUCUAGAUGUACCAGCCAGCUGGGUUGAAAAGUUGGAUAUAACUGCUGAUAAUUAUGAACAGAGGUAUCCAGGUAGUCACAAAAUUAUCCAUUACAAAAAGGUGUUACUAGAAAAAUUUGCACCAUAUUCUGAAAGAGAUGGAAUUGUGAAAAGAAUUAAGAUAUUUGAUGACUACGCGUUGACUAGUCCUUUGAUAACCUAUGAAUGGUACAAGCACCGAGUAGACAAGAUGGAAACGAUGAAAAUAGAUCAUGUAACUAAAGUUGUUCGGGAAACCUUUGGUGUUGGCAGAAGGGAUAAUCUGUUGAAAAAGGUGACUAAUGAACAGAUAUUUCUAGAACACACAUAUUCGCUGGAUGCUCCCGUUGUGACCGUUGAGGGUGAAAGAACUUUGGAGUUUAACUAUUACGCGAGGCUGGAUCACCUUACGAAGCUAGUCUGCACGAUGACUACGUUUGACGAAUACUAUACACAAAGAAGUGACAGACUUGAAUCGCGACAAAUACUUUACACCGAACCAACAAAAGCUGAACCGAAACGCCAAGUGAAGGAUAUAGUCGAGACGUAUUCAAGAAACUACGAUAUACCAUCAAAGGAGGACAUAUGGAAGAAAAUAUUUCACAUACCUGACGAAACUAUAGAACUAUUGUAUCAUUAUGCAUACAACUUUGUUACUAAUAAUACUAGGUAUUUUCUGAAGCCUAAUCUUGCUGAGACUGGCGGAAAAAUUCUGUUCUAUCCUGAUAAAACAUCUGGAUACAUAGCAGAUCCUUGCGCCAAACAGCCUCGUCCUCUAGACGUAUACUAUGCGUUAUGUGACAAUAUGGAAUGGGAGAACAAAACCAGAAAACACAUUCGUGAUAGAGAAACAGAUAUAAACGGAUACUUAAGAGAGAGGCACAAGGAGUUGACUGAACCCCUUCUUCUUGUUGCUCUCUUUGAUACAGAGAGGAACGAAGCAGCUAAAAGGGGGUGGAAGGAACAGGAAGCUCAAAAAGCUGAAAUUACCGAGCGUGAAAAGGAAGCGGAAAUAGAUCCUCUCGCUCCGUAUUUGGCUCGUAUGUUUGGCUCAGGACAUGGUAGUGGUGCCCCUCUUACUAUUAAGGAAGCGACACUCAUCAGAGACCAGUGUAUUAAUGAUUUUAGAGCAAAACAAUUGGCAAGACAGAAUCUCGUUCAAGAGAGAUUUGACACGCUUAAUGCAGAGUAUAAAGCUAAAAGGCUAUGGUACCUCGCAAAUCAGUUUAUCCUGACGCCUGAAAAGGAAAGCACUUAUUUCGCUACGAGCGCUGAACUGGCAUUUAAAGUUCACACACUUGAAGUCCGUCUCACAAGACAUAAGGACCUUUCUGCACCACGAUUCAAGGUUUUACAGGAAUACCUGGAUAAACAUCCGCUACUCAGGGAGUACAAUCGGAUGAGACAUUAUUAUAGACUCAAAUAG